AAGUCGCACGUCCACUGAAGCCAUCAUCGGCGGCACCAGUGCCGGUAUCGCCGCAUUGCUGAUUGUGGCAGCUGUCGUCUUCACGGUGUACUUAAGACGUCGGAGGAAGAAAAGAAAAGAAGAAGACUACGAACUAUCGACUGUUUACUUUGUACCAGAUGAUGUUAUCAUCCAUAGGAGGAGAUUGGAGGAGAUGGUCCCGCCGGUUCCAGCCCGACCACAGUUCCCGAAGUUAGAGACCGACCCCGGCCGGGUGACGCUUGGUGAGAAGAUCGGCAGCGGGGCGUUCGGCAUCGUUUACCGGGCAACCCUGACGCGGGACGCCCGGACGGAGGACGUCGUCGUAAAAACUCUGAAAGAAAACGCCAGUGAGGAUGACAAGCUGGGUUUCCUGGAAGAAAUCCGUGCAGUUGUGGACCUGGGGGUUCAUAAGAACCUGCUGGGUUUGCUCGGCUGCUGCACGGUGGUGCGAGACCAUCUGUAUCUCAUCACGGAGUUCAUGCCGUACGGAGACCUGAAGAGCUUCUUGAGAAAAUGCCGGGAGGAAGCGACCUCUGAUGAACCUGGAGACGAUAUCUACACCUUUGAGGUGAUACAGAUGUAUCAGGUGGCACGGCAGAUCGCUAGAGGCAUGGAUCACAUCGCCCGGUCUCGUUACGUCCACGGAGACCUGGCCGCUCGGAACGUGCUGGUCGGAAAACGCCUGCAUGUGAAGAUUUCUGACUUCGGGCUGGCAGAAGACAUCUACAGCAGAGGUUACCGUCGGCAGGACCGGCUCCAGAGGGUGCCCUGGAAGUGGAUGGCGCCGGAGCGGCUGGAGGAUGGGAAAGCCUACACCACACAGAGCGAUGUGUGGUCCUUCGGGAUAGUGUUGUACGAGAUCUGUACGCUAGGGGGCGACCCUUACCCUGGCGUGGCAGUAUCCGAGCUGAAAGACCGCCUACAGGCUGGAUUCAGGAUGGACCAACCUGAAGACUGUCCGCGAGCCAUGUACGAUCUGAUGCAGCAGUGUUGGCGCUGGCAGCCCAUCCAGCGGCCGCUCUUCAGCCAGCUGUAUCUAACACUGGACAAGCAUCUCGCCUUCUACGGACCCGAGUACUUACUUAAUUAAUAAUCUAUGCUGCCGUUGUAGAACGAGGCACCAUCAAACUUCUUCCAGCCGUUCCAAUCUUGGCCCAGCUAUCCGUUCUCAUGCCAGGUCUUUUGGGUUGUCUUUAUUUCCUCUUCCACAGUCCUUCUCCAUGUCCCUAGAUGAGCCUUUCUUGGGAAUCCAUCUGAAGGGGAACGUAUGAAUGCUUGUUCUUGCUCGUACAUAGAAUAUGCCCUAACCAUCUCCAACAACGUUUGGGAUACCUUACAUCUGCUGACUACCUUGUUUUCUACUUUUUUCUCUCUCAAUGUCUCUUUCAGCUCCUUCGGACGCACCUGCUUCUCGAUCUUUUUGUUUGUCCUUUUCAAGGUUUAUGCGGCGCACGGAUUGACUAAAUGAACAUUUGAGUUGUAUAUCCUUCUUGAUUGGUACAUUUUGGUUUCCUUGAUUCUCGCUCCGUCUCAGCGUGUGUUGCUUAGCUACUUUUCUGCCUAAGCAAGCCGCGUUCGAAUUCCGCAUUCUAUUUUAAAUGUCCCCUCCGCCCCGUAAGCAGUUUAAAUGGGGCUAUUUAGGACGAGGGGACCACCAAUGUACAUAGGUAGCUUAAGUUAAGGUACACAUAAUCAGGCACAAUUUAUGCAAACUAAGGCGUUUUCUAAAUGGUGUAUUUUAACUAAGAAAGAAAUUCCAUAAUUCCGUUUUUCAUUAUUGCAAAUUUAUAUACUUAUAAUUAGCGAUACUUGAGCGAUUGGAAUGUCAUACUAACGAUACUGAUAAGUUAACCAAAGGUGAACUGUAUUAUGCUUAGAUUAUAUAAAUGUAGACAUUGUUUGCAAAUAAGGAAGUGUUUAAAUAGUAUUCUGCCAAAGAAAAUAACUUUUACAUUCAACUAUAUAUGUACUUCAUGACGAGUAAGCUAUAUAUACUGUACUAGUUAGCAACUUAUUCACGUCAUUAAUGACAUAAAUUAAACAAAACAUUACAAAAAGAUAGACUACGAAAGUUUCAGAACAUCAAACUAUUGUGAUAUUAUCUUACCAGUUAAUUGUGUAUCAAUUGAUAGUCUUCUACACAAUUCCUUUAAAUUUCGUGGCGAUCUAAAAAAUGUUUUUCUCUACCAUAAUAUUUUACAAGAAUACUUCACUUAUAGUUUAUUUUGUAUGAGUAAUUAUGUAAAUUCCACAUCAAUAACGUUUGACACCUUAAUCAGAGUUUAUCAACCCUUUUUAUAGAUUACAUAAAAUUUUUAAGAUAUUGCUUCUAAGCAAAGAAAUGUUAACAUAGCAUUAUGCUGUAAGACGAAUUUAAAUACUUAACGAUAUGUUUAAUCAAGGAGAAAACUAUCAAUAUACAUAUAGAUUGUUAGCGUGAAAGUUCAGUGUGUUGGUACAAGUCAUUAUGAAAUAAAGACUACCCUUUAACUUCCAACACUUAGAUUACAGAAUUGGGACUUACCCAAAUUUUCGGUUGACUCCAUCAACCUUGUUCAUAGCAUAUUGAUUGUUGUAAUUAGCAACUUAUUAAUUCAUCCAUAAAAUAAACGUUACAAAAA